AUGUGCUCCCGCCAAGACAAAGACCAGUGUCACCGGCAAGAACGAUCCUCAUGCCACAGCAGUGAAGGGUGCCACAGGAGCAGCGGUGGAUCUGGAUGCCAUGGGAGCAGUGGUGGAUCUGGAUGCCAUGGGAGCAGCGGUGGAUACGGUUGCCAUGGGAGCAGAGGGUCCGGAUGCCAUGGGAGCAGCGGUGGAUCCGGAUGCCAUGGGAGCAGCGGUGGAUCUGGAUGCCAUGGGAGCAGUGGUGGAUCCUGUCAUGGAAAGCCACAGGAUUGCCAGCAGCAAAUUUAUCAAGUAUCCUCAAAGAUGAAGUGA